AAGAAGUUCCUUAUGAAGGCAUAGAAAUAGUAAACAAAAAAUUGACAGAUGUGGUUCAAAGAUGUAGGCGCAAAAGAAAAUUUAAAUUGGGGUAUACGAUUUAUUUGAACGCUAUUGAAAGUAUAGCCUUUACAUAUAUGUAUCGGUUCUGCGAGUUUGCUAUAGAAAUGAAUCAAAGAUGUGUUGAAAUAUCAUUUUACUUAAAAGUAUUUAGUGAUACACUUCAUAAAAUUAUAUCGAUAAUUAAUAGAGAAUGGAUUUCUCCUAAACCUCAUGAAUGUAUUUUAGAUGUUUACGAAAAUCACAAAUCUGAGGAAAACAAAUUUAACGAAGAAAACGAAAAUUACAGAAAUGAUUUAUUACGCUGUAUGAAUUUAAUGAAAGAUAAAGUGCACUUUUUAAGAGAACCUAAAGAUGAAACAAUAAAUACAAUGACCAUAAGCCAAUUAGAACACUACAAUAAUAUGAGUUAUAACUAUAUAACUUAUCACUUGACUUUAGAUAAAUAUUCUUCUCCUUUGAAACAUAUAACUGGAGACAAAAAUCAAACCUCAUGUAUUAUAUGUGAGACAGAACACAGUGGUACGAUUUGGCAUAUUUACUUUUUUUCACCGUGUGGACAUGGCUGGUGCUGUGACGAGUGUUUUGGCGAUAUUGAAGCUUGUCCUAUAUGUAAUGAAUUGAUUACAAGUACUCCAAAACUAGAUAUACGAACAUCUGUGUCAAUAGUUACUGAAAGUAUGUAUAUUAUAAUUACUUAUUGAAACAUUAAUGAAAUAAAAUAUAAGAAGCGUUUUUUUGUAUUGGCUUUUAUGUUUGGUAAAUUAGCUUGAGUGGUUUAAAAACCAUUUUUUUUUUUUUGCUUACUACAUAGUCUAUCUAACGUUAAAGUUAUAUACUUUCAAUGAUAAUAAUUAGCAUAUUGGGGGUGAUAAAAAGCCCCUUUGCCUCCCACUUGGAUACACCACUAAAAUUAUAUAUUCAUUCAAAAAUUAUAUGAUUCUCUAAUUUAGAAAUUUUACUGAAUUCUUUACUUAGUAACCUGUUUAGGAAAUUUUUAUGGAUAUAUUUUUA